CCCACAUGGCUGGGCGAACAAGACCGGAGGGGACACCCUUGCAUGAUUCGCUCCCUUGGAUGGGAGCUCCGUGGUCUACCAGUGUCGAUGCGGAGAAGCUGAGAAAGAACCGGCAUUGAGGCAUGGUGAUUCGACGAGACGAAGGCCACGGAGGACACUCGUCCGUUGGAGGUGACGGCGGCGAUCGGCAGUCCGUGGGAAGUUGCGUCUCGCCGCCGCUUUGGGCGACCGGCGCGUCAGGUGACCGCGGUUGAGGCCGUCAUUUGAAGAAGUAUAUAUACCUCCAUGGGCUGCUCCUGAUGCUGCCCCUGUCUCGGUCGACGUUUCCACUGGAUAUCUGGAUCUUCAAUUCAACCCUGUCUUCUUCAUAGAUCUCUCUAUCUAUCUGUUCAACUAGACCUAUCAAUUGCGCCUUAUCCCAUCGAUACCCUCAACAUGUCGCCUCUCAUCGAAGCCUCGCGCCCCUUGCUGCGUGCUAGCAACGCCUCCGCCACUCGUUCAUUCUCCAUUGCUAUUCCUGCCCGUAAGGCCGGCGAAUUCCUAUGGUCUCCCAAGCCUAAUGGUUUCCUUGCCGAUGUUGAACCGACCCCCCAGCGCGAAACGGCGCGCCAAAACCGGUCAAUGCGCACGCAGGAGGCCGACCAGCUGAAAGUCCUGAAACAAAAGAUGGCGGAGCAGCGUGGGCAUCUGGAGGAGAUGGAUCGCCACAUGUGAGUGUCCUCUACCAACCCUCCACCGGAUAUAUGGUAUUUUAUAUUCUCCUAUAUAUUAUUUCUUUAUAUCUUCUGGGGUUGGCAAGAGGCGCUGACCACACCCACAGCCAAGACUUGGCCAGAGGACAAGCCACCCCGAGAUAUUAGACCGCAUCAAUUGUUCUGCGGAGUUGGAAUGAUUGACUGAUUUCGGAGUCG